UCGUUCGUAAGUAAUAUAAGCCGGCAGUGAGUGAGUGAGGUAGUCGAGAAAACUCUCUCUCGUCCAAGCCACAGCCAAGCAAAGUAAUCUCAUCUAAUCUACAAACGAAACACAUCACUGGCGAUGGAGACGGAGACGGAGACGGAGACUUCCAAUCAUCAGUGCUAUUCUCUUCCGACCUCCUCCACUCAUCAUCAUCAUCAUCAUCAUCGGUACUACUCUCGUCGUCUCUUACUAGUAGUCAUUCUUUAUCUGGCAUCGGCAUCGGCGUCGGAAGAUUUAAUCAUAUCAAGAUUCCAACAAUACCUCCAAAUCAACACAGCCCAUCCAAACCCCAAGUAUUACGAAGCAGCCGAUUUCAUCCUCUCUGAGGCCAAGUCUCUCUCCCUCGAAUCCCAAGUCUUAGAGUUGGUCAAAGGCAAACCCCUCGUCCUACUCAAGUGGCCUGGCAAGAACCCUAAGCUCCCUUCCAUCCUCCUCAAUUCCCACACCGACGUGGUCCCCGCCGAGCAUCAUAAGUGGUCCCAUCCUCCCUUCGACGCCGACCAAGACCAAGGAGGCCGUAUUUACGCCAGGGGAUCUCAGGACAUGAAGUGCGUAGGCUUGCAGUACUUGGAAGCUAUCCGCAAAUUGAAGAGCUCAGGGUUCCAGCCCCUCCGCACCCUCUACUUGUCCUUCGUCCCCGACGAGGAGAUCGGUGGCCACGACGGUGCGGCGAAAUUGGCUGAUUCCGAGACUUUUCAGAAUAUGAAUGUUGGGAUUGUGCUGGAUGAAGGCCUGGCCUCCCCCGACCAGAAUUACAGGGUGUUCUUUGGGGAGAGGUGCCCUUGGUGGCUGGUCAUCAAGGCCACUGGUGCUCCUGGACACGGCGCCAAGCUCUAUGACAACACCGCCAUGGAGAAUCUUCUCAAGAGCAUUGAGAGCGUUAGGAGGUUUCGUGAUGCUCAGUUUGAUCUUGUUAAGGCUGGCUUCAACCCCGAAGGUGAAGUCAUUUCCGUUAAUAUGGUCUUUCUUAAAGCUGGCACCCCUUCUCCCACUGGCUUCGUCAUGAAUCUGCAGCCAUCUGAAGCAGAAGCUGGUUUUGAUAUCCGAGUCCCUCCUACGGCUGAUCCAGCAUCUCUGGAGAGACGAAUUGCUCAGGAAUGGGCACCGGCUUCACGCAAUAUGACAUUUGAGUUUAAGCAGAAGGUUUCAGUUUAUGACAAGUUUGGGAAGCCAAUCCUCACAGCUGCUGACAGUUCUAAUCCGUGGUGGGCACUGUUAGAGGGAGCUGUCAAGAAAGCUAACGGAAAGCUUGGAAAGCCUGAGAUCUUUCCUGCUUCCACGGAUGCUCGCUACUUCCGAGAACGGGGCUUGCCAGCAAUUGGUUUUUCUCCAAUGGCGAACACUCCUAUUCUACUUCAUGAUCACAAUGAGUUUUUGAGCAAGGAUGAGUACUUAAAAGGCAUCGAUAUAUACGAGUCAAUAAUCAGAGAUUAUGCAGCUUAUGUUGAGCAUACAAAAGAUGAAGCUUCUAGAGAGGAGUUGUAAAGUAGUGGCACAUCCCUUGCCCCCUCCGUGAGAUGAAAUUUUGGACAUCAGUUUCUGCCACAGGUAUCAGAGGAAGGGAGUUGGAAAUUGCAUGAUCGCUGAAUCAGAAACUUCAGGGAGCAGUGGGUUUGUCAAUCACCAGUGCCGAAAUGGGGCUGAUUUGCCAUGUCUACUUCUUGAUGGUGUACUAUGAACUUGUUUUUAUUGCAGAAAUAAAAUGACUCCCUCGGAUAUUUUAUUUGCAUUUCGCAGUGGACUCUGUAGUCUGUACUUUGUAAAUAGAUGCAUAGAGAAACUAGUAGAGAUGGAUUGCAUGUUUUCUUUAGUAAUUUAACAGUGGCUAAAGAGGAAAAUGACUCUUUUCACA